CCUUUCCUACCUGCAAACCCUACCAAAAUCUUUCAACGCCGCCGUUGACGGCGGCUCCGAUUACUCGAUUCCACCUCCCGAUAACCGAUUCCUUCACUCAAUAACCUUGAAUUUCAAAAAAUGGCGUCAGUCACGGCUACUUCUGACGUCACUGAUGGACCAGUCCUCACUCUUAUCAACAAGCGAAUCCGUAACCUAAGGAAAAAGCUCAAUCGUGUCGCACAACUCGAAGAUUCCAUCGCUCAAGGCAAAUCCAUUAUCAAGAACAAGGAACAGGAAGAGCUUCUGAAAACGAAGCCUACCAUCAUCGCCGCCGUCGACGAGCUCGAGAAGUUCCGUCAGUCCUUAUCCGUUGCCGUCGAUGAAGAAAUUAAUCUCGCCCUUCAACGCCGUAAUGUGGCCGCAUCGCAUAACAAUGAUGAUGAUGAUGUUGAUAACAGUAGUAAAGCACAAACCCUAGAUAAAGAGCAACAGGAAACGGAGCAGCCGGUUCUAGGUGUGGAGGAUCUGCUGAGUUUGAUUUACUUCGCGAGUAUGUUCGAUGUGAAAUCGCAGAGUGAUUUCAAUUCGAUAAUGCUGACGAGGACGCACGAGAGGAACUGUUGCUUGACGUAUGAUUAUGUUACUGAUGAUGAUGCUGCUGUCAUGUUGGGUGAGAGGGAUUUGGAUUUGAUCUCAAUGAUGGGUUCUCUAUUGAUUUCGAGACCCGUGGAUUCUAGCCUUUCGCACCAGAAUGCGUUACAGAGAUGCAUUGAGCACGCAAAGCUUUGGCUUUCGAAGUCUGAGCAGCAGAUUGAUUCAAAUAGCAAUGUUACCUAUGCUGCUUUGAGGGAGAAGUUGACAAAGAUUAUGGGGUCAGAUUACUUCAAGAUAACGCCAGAAAUGAAAGCUACUGCUGAUGUUGCGGCAGAAGCUGCUGGAAAUUAUUCUUUCCAAGUGCCAGUGCAGGUGGAAGGUUCGGUCUCUCAAUAUGAACAAAAGCAGGAAGAUGAUGUUACAGAUCUUCAAAGAAGUGAAACUUACGAAGACCAAUCUGGUCCUGUUGAAGAUUUUCCAAAGCAGGAUGAGGCAGAUGGCGUUGAAAUCCCAGUUCAUAAGGAACCAAUUGAGGCACAUGGCGGAAAUGAAGAAUACAAAGAACAACAAGCAUCACGACGACCCUAUCAGAACCAAAGAGGCGGUGGCCGUGGUGGAGGUGGAGGUGGUCGCAGAGGUUACCCAAACGGUCGUGGUGCUCGAAGUGGCGGCAGAGGUGGACCCUACCAGAACGGACGUAAUCAAUACUAUGAUCAGCCGGGAAAUUAUUACCCGCGGAACUACUAUGGUGGGAAGGGAAGGGGUGGUGGCAGGGGUAAUGGUGGAAAUGCCUACAACCACCCUGGUUCUGGUGUUGAAGAUGCAGAGUCUUGACCUGACCCUUUUGGCAUCUAAUUAAGGUUUGGUUCCAUUACUAAUCAAAGACCCCUUUUUAACUUUCUUGAGGUUAAAUUAAUUAAAACUGCAACUUAGUUGGGGUUAUAUUGUUAUCUGCUAAAAAUUUUGACCUCUUUAUGGGUUUCUUACAGUUUGGUUUUGGAUUUGGCUGGUAAUAUGGCUUUUGUAUACCAAAUUUU